UGUAUAUUCUGUAAUCACUAAUCAUUUCGAUGUUUAUUAAAAAUUUGUAGGAAUUUCUUUAGUGAAGCGCAUUACGAAAUUUUAUUUAAUAAAAUACCAUAUUUCUCAAUAUCGAUUUAAAUUCUUUCUAGCACAGUUGAGGGACCAAAAAGCACAAGAAUUUAUUGCUUCUAUUCACUAAUGGAUCUUGUAAAAUGAACUUAGUAUGUCUUUCUUGAGUACAACAGAGAAUGUGGGUUUCAGUGGUAUUCCCCAAAAAAUAUCAGAUGCCAGCUGUGCGAGCCAGUAUAAGAUGGCAGUUGAAAGUGUUCCAGGAACCUGUAACAGUGAAGUAAAUAUGUUCAUUCAUGAUGCCACUAGUGAUGAUCAAAAUUAUAUUCCACAUCUGAAUGAUAACUUCUUUCACACAAGAUUUAAAAUAGAUCCUAAUGACUUAUAUACUUUCCAUGAUUCGGAUGUGAUUGCUGGCGAAAUAACUGUCUCCCACACUGAAGAUAAUUUUACGUUUUCUGAUAAUACAUUUAAAACAAAAUUACCAGAUAAUCCAAUUAAGGAUUUAGAUAUUCUAGAUGUGGUUAAUAAUGGUCACAUUAAAGAAGUGAAUGGAGAGUUUGUGGUCAACGGUCAUUUUGCUGCAAAUAAAUUGUCAAAUAAUGUUGGCAAAAGCAAAGAGAUUAAGUCUGGUUCCACCAAAGUUCAGAGAGUAAGAAUGCAAAAUUUGCCAAAUAAUAAUCAAACAAAGUUAAGUAUAGAUGUUCACAUAAAAGAUGGACCCGUGUUAACUGCUGAGAGUGAGAUUUCAUCUCAAAGCAGUAAGGAUAAUAGCAGCAUUGUGAAGAAUGAGGAAACUGCAGUAUCAAAAGCACAACAGGAGACAUUCUUAGAUGUUUUUAAGAGAGAACAAGGAUUAAAUGAGUCCCAAAAACCAUUUGUAAAAUCUCAAUCAAUGGUGGCACCUCAACCGGCCACACCUGUUCCUAAAAAGCCAGCUAAGUCUAAGCCCAAAAAAGGCAGAGGUCCAAUACUGCAUGAGGCACUUCAGCGGAUACCAAGCCAUUGCCGGGUGAUAGCGGUUCCAAAUAAAACCUGGCAUGCCCCGGGAGAGGAGUUGUUCCAAUGUGGCCCACUUGACAUGUUGCAGCCUAAUAGAUACAGACAAGUUGAAAGCAGCAGUGAUGAUGAUAACAUGCCUGAUUAUGAAUCUGCCUCUGGAUCUGUGUGUGUAGAAGAGACAUCAGCGGAGUCUCGAAGUGCAAGAUUGGAGUUGCGGAGGGCAGCGAUGCGGCGACAUGUCAUGAGAACAGCCUGCGCCAUGCGGUUAGCUCGUGACCAUGAAAAAGAUAAAGUCUUAGCAACACUUGUAAAGAAACAGUUGAGUGGUAAGAGCACCUGCCGUCUUCCACCACAAACUGUGAAUCAUCUGCUGGCAAUGCGAGGGAUGUCGUCGAUCCUAUCCUUACAAGAACGCAGGAAGCUCAGGCAAAGUGGUUGGUCCGGUGGAGAGGGCGGCCGAUCUGAGGCCACUACGAGUCAGUGUUUCGAAGAGAGUUGUCAGAACGAGCCAUUACCGUGCGCGAGAUACUGUCUGUCUCACGUGACGUUAGCUGCGGAUCAGCGAUUGUACGCGUCGUGUGCGGCCGUGUUUGCCGGCGGAGAGAGGUGCAAGCAACCAUUGCUACCGCUACAGGAGCAGUUACCGCUUUGCGCUGAACAUGCGUGGAAACGGGAUAAUUACGAGAUGUUGUGUCGCGAGAGCAAACCACAGAAGAUUCGUAAGCGUGCGUGGGGGCCGAGUGGGCGGGCCCCGCGACCGCCCCGCCCCCCGCGGAAACCGAAGCGUCGCCGCCGACUGGUGCUCAAGCGACCGCCCGUGCACACACAGUCCUUGUCAGAAAUAAAUGCAUGCUCGAACUCAUCAGCAUAUGACAGUUCGGAAGAUGCAAUUGUGGGGGAUCUUACUGAGAGUGAAUACAUAACAGGGAAUAAUUCUAAUGAACUUGAAGUUGGUCAGGUGCCCCCCGAUGACAUCCUCGAUCCAUCUGUCUUGAGUCAAAUACCAGAUGAAGCUUUUACGGAGUUUUUUAAUCAAGCGGAGGGAAGCAGUGCGUUUGCGGAGAGUUCGGAAUUGGCGGCCGCCCUAGAAGCGGUGCUCGAUGAGAGAGUUCUUGACGAGAGGGCUCUUGAGAUACCCGACUGUGUGUUCUCAGAAUCCCCCGUCAAAACUAAGACUCAAGUGGCUCCAGUCAGUGUGGAACAAUCGUCGAGCACGCCGUCAUAACACAUAGAUAUAACGUCGGAACGCUCUAUAAUAGACUCUAUUGUUAUAAUGUUUAGGAACAAAUUCGUUUACGUGAUGUGGAGUUGGAAUUGAUGCUUUAAUUUGAUGUGUUAGUGAAAUUUAAAGUGUUGUAGCGCAAUGUACGGUGAGUUAUAGUUGGAUUAAGUGUAGGUGUAGGUUUGCAGGAGACCGUUACAUGUAUUCUAAUUUGAUCUCUAGUGUACUCUCUCUAUGCGUGUUGUACGAAAUUUUUAUAUAAUAUAUCAUUGAACAAACUUUAAGUUUAAACUGGCGUGAAUAUGUUCUAUUAAGUGGGCCCAGUUGAUACUUUGUUAGUAUCCUAGUACAGCAGGGUGCAUAUUUUACGAAGUAAUUUUUGAUGUUAUAAUAUAUUAUUGACAUAUUCAUAUAAAAACAUUAUUUUAUUUAUUAUAUACAGAACAACGUCUGUCGGGUCAGCUAGUGAGGAAUAAAUAUGAAAUUUGUCCAUAAUAUCAAAAGCUUUAUUUAAAUCAAAACCAGCUGAAAAUUGCAAUUGCCAUUUUGAAUCUGUCUGAAAUAUUGUAAUUUUACCUAAUUAUUAUGACAGGUACUCACGAUAUAUAAAUUUUAUCAAUUUGAUGCCGAUAUUUCGAUCCAAUUGCAUGAAUACUGGUCGCGGCGGAACUGCGGAGGCGGCUAGAAACUUUUGACACAUUGACACUUGACACUAAUAGUACAUCAAUCUGUCCACGUGGCGCCUAAUUCGUUUUGAUCUUUGAUUCCCCAAUUCACGACACACUACUGACGACGUCCAUGCUUUCGGGUCUGUCUGUCUUAAAUAGGCAUCGUGGAGCCUUCUUAAGUUCAUCAUUGUUAUGUUUGAAACUGAUUAUGAUUCAAUAACCGACCUAUUUUAUCUUAAAAAUGUAAAUUCUCGUAACAAGCAAAUAAGAAUAUUGUUUGAUUUGUCUACAUGCCAUUAGUUCGUUAUUUAUAAGGUUUACAGUCAUUUUCGGAAGUUCUUCCUAGUUAUCCCAUUUUAUGUACAGUCUUAUCGAAAUUAGCUCUAAAAAAUUAAAAAAGCUUGGAAACAAAAUAGAACUAACCAGUGUAUGUCUAUUUUGAGAUCUUUUCAUUCGAUAUUUUUCUACCUUUAACCGAAGUUUAAGGGUUUUUGGUUAUUUAAGUUGAUUUAAAUUGAAAUAUUUUUAAUGAAAUGAGUAUUUAAAAUCACUUAUUGAACGUCAAAAACUACCACCUAUUCGAAAUUGUAUGCCUAAGAUCUGAGAAUAACGGGCGCAAAAAAUUUGGCUCAAAUAAGGCAAAAAUAAAGGCUCUGUUGAAUAAACCGGUUAACAGAGUACCGUUUAAAUUCCGUUUAAUGAUAUUAGAAUUGAUACAUCCUGCCCAUUACAAUGCAGUGCCACUCAGGAUUCUUGAAAAACCCAAAAAUUCUGAGCACUGUCUGCACUACAACUGCGCUCGUCACCUUGAGACAAGAUGUUAUGUCUCAUUUGCCCAGUAAUUUCACUAGCUACAGAGCCCAUCAGAGCGUAACAGUAAUGGUUAUACAUUACUGCUUCACGGCAGAAAUAGGCGCCGUUGUGGUACCCAUAAUCUAGCCGGCAUCCUGUGCAAAGCUGCCUCCCACUGGUAUUUUACUUAUAUUUACUAUUUGUUUUACAACACCACACGAAACGAGCAUACGUCUACAUUUUGGUGGGUACUUACAUCUCUUUUUGAUUCUUGCAGAUUUACGGCCGUUUUCAAUAACGUAUCUCUAGUUACGGAUACAUUGCUAUCACCGUUUAAUGACUCUAUCUUUUCUAUCUAUAGUUAUAGACCAAUGCUAUCGGUCGAUGGGUUAUUGAAAUGUAAGUAAGCGUUAUAGGAUAGAUUUGUCUACCUCUAGUAAGUUAAACUAAGGCUAGAUAGGUUAUUGAAAACGGCCGUCAGCCGGCUGGUAAUGGUUAUAAAUAAAACGGCCCAUAACGUUUAUACUGAAAAACGGUUCCAAGUCUCGUUUAAGUGCGAGAUAAUAAAAUGAUGCAGUACUUUUGCUUUUUCAUGUACUGCAGCACAUAAAACUAAAAUAAUAUACUUUUUCUGCUGACUGUUCGUAAUUAGACAAAAUAUUCAAAUGAUUACAUACUUUUAUGUUGACUGUACAUCUUAUAUUUUUAAUUUUAUUGUAUCAAACCCAUAUGUAGAGUGCACUAGAAAUUGUUCGCAAGUUAUCUCCUUAUUUGUAAAUAUUCAUUUGUUAUUAAGCGUCACAAUAAUUUGUCUUUCUAAAUUAUUUUAUUUUGAGGGUAGUUUCACAUUAACGCGGCAUCGUCCCAUCUAGUUUAAUCAAAAAAUAUCUAAACAGAAUGAAAUUCAAUACCAAAAUAAUUAAAACUUAGAAGUAAAAAUUUUUUUUUAUUGAAACAGGGAAACGCUAUUAUAAUAAAUACAUGAAUACAUUUUUUUUUUAAAUGAUGACUCUCACUUCUGGGAUUAAUUACACAAAUUAAAUUUGAAAACCAAAUUUAUGAUCGAUGCGGGACUGAAAGAGCGACAUCUUAAGUCAAUUUCCUAAUAUGCAAAUAUUGGGGUUCAGCAGGCAUCAACUGUAAAGUAGAUCCUGUAGAUAAGGCCACAACCUGUGAGUUGAACGAGACAUAAAAGAUUUAUCAACGAUUCGACACACGAACGAUUGGCUCAGUGGUAAGAGCGGUCGCACGGGACGCGAGAAGUUGCGGGUUCGAGUCUGGCAUCAUUCAUAAAGUUUGCUUUCAAAUUUAAUUUGUGUAUAGACUGUCAUUUUAUAUUAAGUGAUGGUUUAUGUUCAACAACAAUAUAAUAAAUGAAAAUAAAGUAAUGUCUUGUUCAUAGGAGCGCGCAUCGCAUGUCUCGAACCAUAUUUGUCACAAUUUUUAUUACUAUUUGAUAAUAAAUUAAGAUUAAAAUAAUAAUGUUUACUGAAAAUACAAUUAAAAACAAAAAUAUUAUACAAAAUGAAUUGUAUUUAAACUUUUGUUCCUAUCUCGCAAAAAGAAAUUGCAUUACUAUGGCAAAACUAUAUGUGACGUCAUAUUUUAUUAUAGCUAUCUCGGUCUCAUCAUCAAUUUUUUUCAUCAAUUUCAAUUUAUUGCAAUUCCAUAAAUAUAGACCUUAAAUAUAACAUUUGGAGUUAAUACUAUGAUUAUAAUACAAGGCAGUUUAUUAUGGAUUAUGUGUUAUUUGAAAUAUGAAAAUACUUUAAAUUUUUGUUUAUUUAUUCGAUUGAAUUACUUUUAAAUAAUUUUAGUUGUUUUUAAAUCUAGUUUCAUUAGCGAAUUGAAAAGAGUAUCCAAUUAUUGUUGACACACACACACCGCAAGUCGAUUUGUAGGGUAUUAUAUCACUGACCUCUACUAUAAUAUACCACUGGACUAGCAGCUGUCAAAGUGCUUUUGUGCCUGUUUGAUAUACGCCAUUUUGGAGCUGUUGACCAUGUAGCGAGAGUUUGGUGGGAAACUAUUUACAAAAGAAUUCUGUACUACAUUACGUUGAUUCUUGAAGUAUAAAUAACUUGGAAAACGAACGAAAUUAAUUCAAAAUGCAAAAAUACAUAGUCAUUUGUAUUAUACGUCAAAAUUAGUUCUCUGGAUGCUCGCGAGUGGCGCUUUAAAGAGGCGCAAAAAUUUUGCUGUCAAACAGCUGGAACAGCCUGUUCAGUGGUAUUUAUACAGGUCAGUGGGUAUUAUGCAUUAGAUAUAAUAUUAAACAAUCCAAAUUAUGGUUGGUGGACGCUAAUGCCGCGCUUGUGAAACUAAACUCAAACUGAUCGCAGUAUUAUACAAAGUUUGUAUAAUUAUUUUACAGUUGGAUGGACUCUCUCAUCGAUCAAAAUAUAUUAGAAUGUACAUUAUAAGAGGGGAAUAUUAUUAAGUAAAUGUCAAACAAUCAUUUAAAUUAUUGCUAAGUUGUAGAGCGUAGGCUCUAUUUUUCGAUACGUAUAAAAAAAAGUAUCAAUCAGGCGAAAACGCUGUGGCUCUCGGAUAAAGAUGUGUUCCUAAUUGAAACUAAUGUGAUUUUAAAUUCACCGAAACUAGAAUUUAAAUUUUUUAUGAAAUUGGUGUUGUUUGAAUAUUAAUAAAAUACAUUUUGAAAUGUCAAAGCACCUUGUUUGUGGUGCGGUUGACUUGGAAGAAUUGCGGUCAAUGCCCUGUUACUGUAACUGUCCCUCUCGCUCGCUUAUCUCUCCGUUUCACUCGCACAUUUAGAACCCACCUUUAUAAGGGGUCAUUGUCCGAUAUUCUUUGUUUCGCUAUCACACAUUGUAAAGUACUAGACGUACUUUUUCUAUGGCAAUAUUUUUUGAGAUAUAUAAAAUAUUUCCACGUAGGUGCAGUUAAUACCGAAAUAACACAUUCGAAUAGAAUUUUAAACACAUUUAUUCUGAACAAUCCUACAAAUACAACCAUCAAAUAUAUCUUAUGAUAGUAUGUUUUAUAUCAAUAUAUUUAUUUUUAAAUAUAAUAUGUUUGCGCUUAGAUAAUAAAGGCUCUUUCAUAAUGAAAUGGUGCGGGUGAAAAAGAAAGCUAAUGAACGAAAUAGAAAGUGUGUUCAUGGUUCACUGAACGCGACUGAAAGAGAUAGAAGGCCUGCGGUCGCGUUCAGCUACAAACCAUUCAUAUGCAGUCUACACCGAAUGCUUUUAAUAAUCUUUUUUCAUUGAUAAACCGUCAUAUAGCCAUGGAAGAGGGUUUCGUCAAUACGCUCUUCUGCUAGCACGUACACACCAAUCACGCUUCCAAUUUUUGUUCAUUGUAGGAAAAAACUGGCGAAUCUCCUGUGUCUCUUUCGCGUUGUUUAGGUAGGUUUCUUUAGACGUCGUUCGUAAUCACCACGGCAACUAACGAACACGAAACUCGACUCCGAAAUAGACAUAGGCAACACUGUUUUUCAAUUUCGGUUUAAUAUGGAUUAGUUUCAAAUUCAAUUCUAUAUAUUGGUAUUAAAAACCGCACUCGUUAAGAAUCAAUUAUGAAAUAGCUUUUAAUAGCAUAAUAUAUAAGGCAUGACUUAUAAUACAAUAAAUAUCUUGUUAAGCCUUCCGCCUCAAUAUUUAUCUAGGAUAUAUGUAGAAGUGUACUAGUAAAAUUAUCUAGACGGGGUAUCAUAUGGAUCGCUUAACUUUACUUAGCGUGCGCAAUAACUUGAAAUAUCGUGACGUUAUUUGGUGGCAUGCUAUUUUUGGCUUAUCUCAAGUGAUUUGCUCACGUGUAAGACAGUUCUCACAGUUUGCAGGCAUACAUAUUGUUGUGUAGCGCCGAAGAUAAAGUUCGAUGAAUAUGACAUAUGUUUGGCCAGAUUAAUGAAGAUUCAAUUAGAAACUUUAUCACAUCUAAAUAAAAUUGUGAGGGUGUAUAUCCAUUGAGAAAAUAUUUGAUGGAUGUCGACUAGAUGAAACCACUGCUGCGUUUUUUCUACCGCCUAUCGGACGAAAUGAGCGUAUCAGUAUAUGUCAACUAAAUUAGUUUUAUCUGCUCCAAAUGGGCGGCUUUUUUCCUAUCCUAAAUCCUGAUACUGUCCAAAUUCAAAUAAACUUUAUGUAUAGUAAGGCCAACGAGACGAGAUAUAGAAUGUAAACAAAGCUUCAGUACUGAAAAUAUUUUUAUCGAUAUCUUUGAAUAUUUAAAAAAAAAUGCUAUCUUUCAAAGGUCUAGAGCUGCCAGACUGUGUUUCUAUAUAUAUAAAUCAACAACUACUCACAAUAGCAGCAAAAAUCAACAGUAACGGAAUUAUAAUAACAAAUACUAAGUAAAUAAUGAAAUGAAAAUCGUCUCACUUCUAACGCAAUCCAAACAGGAAUGAAGUUGUUCACAAAAUGGCGCACCAAAUGUUGACAACUGCGGUACCUACUGCGUUCCUUUACCACAAAAAACGCAACGACAGCUGUCGUCGGCCAAGUGACGCCAUCACUGCAUACGAGUGAUAGGGACAGAGAUAAUAAUCGCUCGCUAUCGCAAUGUUACUCAGUAGCCGUCCGUUUCUUUUUUAUUUUACUUUAUUUGACAAACCAACAAUAUUCAUGAACAAAUGUGAAAAAAGGAGACUUAAAACUAAAAGACACAUAGCAAAAAUAUCAAUAACUGGCAUGUACAAAAGAUUUAGAGGAAUACACAUUAUUUAAAGUAGUGUAACAAAAAUAAUAAGAAUUUCUACAAAUUAGCUUCCUUACGCAGUCAAUGACAUGACACAAGCGGGUUAAAGUGGAAUUAAAUAAAUUGUGUUGCUGAUUAUUUUGAGACAGUGUAUUAAAUUGGCGACCAACACGAUUGAUGCAGGAGUGAUAUGUUAGGUUAGUACGGCUACGAUUAUGUGUAAAUAUGUUGUUGGUACAAACUGGACGUUGGUAGCCGUCCGUUUAUUUAUAUUCUUUUUCUCUUCUCCUUGGCCUUAGUAUAAGUCUAUCAAACUAAGCACGUUCGAAUCAAAUUUACAAUUUUUUAUUUACCGUACCUUCGAAAAGGUAGUGCCCGUGAGAGAAAAAAACAAACUCACUAUCGACUUUUUCAAUCCUCAAGUAUUUGCACAAUAUUAGUAUAUCUGAGAACUGUGAAAAAUUGUCGCUAUAAUUUUUAUCAAUCGUGUGUUGUUGUAUAAGCCCGCGCGUUAGAACAGUGACGGUAACUGGACAUAUUAACGUCUGAGUGCCGUCAGUAUGCAUUUUGAUUGGUGGUAUGUAUGUGACGUCACUAAGAUGGCGUCCAUAUAUCAACGCGCGGGUAUUAUAUUUUGUAGUAGUAGUUUUAAAUUGACUGGCUCUUGUAGAGAUUAAUGUAAGCUUUCGAUAUAAGUUAAUGUUGCAGUGAAUUGGUAAAUUCUUUUUUCAAAUUGUGGUCAGUAUUUAUUGCCAUGUAACAAAUUAUUUUAAGCCGCAAAAACUGAUUUGAUUUUUAUACGUUAUGUCUAUUAUUAUUUUUUUAUGCUAGAGGGGACAAACGGUCAGGUGGCUCAUCUGAUUAAAAACUCCUACCAUGGUCAUUAUAGUAUGAUAAAUUUUAAGAGAAGAGUUGCCGGCCUUUGAGGUGAGAAUAUGGUCUUGAAGGUCCCUAAGUCGUAUCGGUUCAGGAACGCAGCGAUAAUUCCAGAGGCUGUGCGAUGGAAAAGGUACUGUCGAAUCGUGCGGAUAUUUUAUAUCUUAAAUCUUAUUUAUAUCUUAAAUAAUAUUGUUUAUCUCAAAUUAACGCAAGAUAAUAUAAAAUAAUAGUUUUAUUUUUUUCUAUUGUUAUUUAAUUUAAUCAAAGAACAUUGAUAUAGUGUUAUUUAUGUAAUAACGCACUGGACAAAUGGCCUACCUUGCUAGAACAUACGCACUCUUGUCGACCUUUAUUUAUUUAAAUCAGCUUUAGUCACGGUUUAUCGGUGUAGGUACCGACUUGUUUGUUAACCUUUCUGCAGAUUGUGGCUGAAUUUGGUUGUUGAUUGAAGUCAAAUCCCAUAAGAAGAAUUCUAAUGGCAUUAAAUCACACGAUCUAGGCGACAAAUUCUAAUGUUAUUCAAUCACACAAUCUAGGCGCCUAAUUCUAAAGGUAUUAUCUAAACUGCACAAUCUAGGCGCCCAAUUCUAUUGGUAUUAAAUCACGGUCUAGGCGCAUAAUUCUAUUAGUAUUAAAUCACACGAUCUAGGCGACAAAUUCCAAUAGUAUUCAAUCACACAAUCUAGGCGCCUAAUUCUAAUGAUAUUAAAUCACACGAUCUAUGGGCCCAAUUCCAAUGAUAUUAAAUCACACGAUCUAGGCGCCCAAUUGUAAAUCAGGAAAUAUCUUAUGCAGUAAUUUCGACAAAAACAACUGUGUUAUCAUGUCGCGAUAUCGACCAACAGUAACAGUUACUUCUGGACCAAAUUAAUUUUCAAAAAAAGUAUGCCUAUAUACAUAUGUCAAGAUACAUCUAGCCUAAAAUCACGCAAGCACAAACUUUUAAAUUAAUCUUUUCAUGAUGGCCAGGUUUAAACUUGACCAUAUUUUGUUUAAAAACAUCGAUCUGCGGCCACUAAACUUUAAAUGUGAAACAUUGUUUAAUAAUCAAAAAAUGUUUUUGAUCAUGUAGUGCUCCAUUCUUACUUACCCUAAGUGAAAUUGGUCUUUGUUCAGGGCUGCCAACAAAUUCUACAAAAAUGGCGCCAAAUUCAAAUCUUGCGUUAAUUAUGGUACACUUACAAUAAUUAGGAAUGUUUGCGAGUUCGAGAUACAAUGAUAGCUUGCAUGAGCAUAGCUUUCUUUUAAAGAAUGCGAGUUUAUACGAUCUUGUUAGGCUGGCACCUGAUGCCGUCAGCUAACGCAAGAUGAAUCGCAUGAGUUUUACUUACGUCAAACUUAGCUGAGUGUGAUAACGUGGUUAUGUACCUUAGCGAGAUGGGAGGUGUUAAUUAAUACCAAUCGUUUGUCACCUCUAGUAAAUUAACAGAUUUAAAAUAAAUUAUAAAAUAGGAUGUCGUUAAAAUAAAUGAUAUUGUUGUGUUUACAGUGCGUUGGAAGUAACUUUUAAGGUAUUGUGGGAAAGGGAAUGAUUGUUCUACAUUUUAAUGCAAUCUUCUCGGACUGACGGCACAGAGGGGCAUUUAUGUGGCAAAACUGUGCAAAUUGAUACAUAUUUCGACACACAAUUUGAAACAUUUAAAAGGCGUGUUAUUCUAAGUGCAUUAGAAAUUAUGACUAUUAAAAUAUAUUAAAUUCCUGUGCAGAUAAUGUCGAUAAUCACUGGUGAACCCGACACUCAUGUUUUAAAUCUCUAUCAUUUUCUAUGGUCGACUUACGCUAUUAUGACGUCAUUUCGACAAGAUGGCGGUCAUCCUUGCCAGCAUCCAUCGCCAAUCCCUCUAUAAUUCUCCAAGUAUUGUAAACUAGAUUGGCAAUGUUCUGAUAUUGUAAAAUUAAUAAUGGGAUAUCUAAAAGCGGUUUAGUCAUUUGGCCAGUUGGCUUCUUAUACUCAGAGUCCACGUAGCGCAAUUAUAAAGUAUCGAAUCUAAAAUAGAAUCGUUAAAAAAUAUUUUCAAUAAUUGUUAGAUAUACUAGUUAUAAUGUCGAAACAAAAUAACUGAACCAGGUUAUAAUUAUUUUGAUAACACCUCGGAGUUCUGAUGCUGGAGAAUUCCCAAGAAAAUAUAUUUUCCACCAUGUAUGAAAUCUGAUCCUGCAAGUAGAAGUUCCACUCGAAGUUUUUCUUCUAAAUUAUUAGUAUCAUUUGUUAUUUCUCGAGUGAAAGUCCGCUACAGUUCUUGCAUUAGCUAAACCAUAGUUAUUGUAAUUAAUUAAUGUUAUAAUUUAAUUGAAGUGGUCGAUUACUAUUAUCAAGUAGAUACGAUAUGAAUACACAACUACCUCUCAAAAUGCCUGAAUUUGGUCAUACAUUGUAUGUAUAUUUGUUAUCACUUAAAUAACUGUUGAUAUUAUGAUGUAACAAUAAAUGUGAUAUCAAUGAGAUUUCGCCCGGAGGUGUUUUUGAUUUUUCCAACUUUUUUUUAAACCCAAGAGCCUACGUCACCAGUGCUGUCUACGCUUUUGAUUCCGUGUCUGUGGUUUUAGUUCUGUGAAAAAGUGUGUAGCGCCCUCUAUUGCAGAAUUGCUAACUAAAUAUUUUUUCUAGAACAAAUUAGGUGAAAUGCAAAUUUUUCCCUGAUAUUUUAGUGUGUAUGUUUAAAGUCCCAAUUCCUAUGCCCUGUUAGUUAUGGGUUCGAAUUUAUAGAAUUUUUACUUGUUACUUGUUCUAGAUCAUUUUGUAACCGACAAUUAAUAAGCCAGUUCAUUGUGUUGUAGGAAUUGGAAUCAAUUGGCAAAUAUUAAACUGUUGCACGGUCGUCGGUUAAUUACUUCGCUUCUAUUAUCGUGUCUAAUUGAUAAUUACCGUUAAAACAUUGACUUGGCAAGAAAGAUAUUGGUAUUGAGAUAUUCCUUUAGAUAAAUUUUGAAAUUUCACCCAAGCCCCUUCUCUUUCUUACUCUUUUAGGUACUAAUUAACUUUAAUAUGGGUUAAAUAAAACACGUUUAAGAACAAUUUUAAUCAAUGAAAUAUCUACUAUUCGCAAAUAUGUCUUGAUAGACUUUUACUCUUUAAUCCAUAGACUAGUAGAUAGACUAACUUAUAAAUAAGAUUUUUUAUGUAAGUAAUUUAUUUAUUUAAAGAAAAAAACCACAUUGCUCGUAAUUGUACAAUAAUUUCACCAAAUUUAUACUCAGACCUCGGCUUUGUUCAAAUGUUACAAAUUUGAUUCAGUACAUAUUAUAAUAUUUCUGUUUCUACCAACAAAUUAACUGUUUCUGUAUUAUAAAACAAAUGCAAUGUUAAGUUACUCCAAGUUUAAAAUAAGUACUCCCUGUCAUGUAAUUCUGUAGUGACAAAGGUAAAAGACAAAUGUUUUAAAUUUAGAAUAACUUUAUUUCGCGUUUAUUAAUAGCACAGCAAUAUUUUAACAAUACUAGCAACACUUGAAAUUUGAAUAACGUUUCUAAAUUGUAUGAUGCCAUUACUAUAAGCUACCGUUUACAUUAUGUUACAUAACAGAGGCGUGGGUAGUUAGCAGUUACUCUAGGAGCAUGUACACCUAUUUUUAUAUACUUUUUUAUCAUAGUUGAACCCAAUAUAACCGAAUAUUUAAUUUGUGUAUGUAAGUGUUUGGUCUCCAUAGUCUAAGUUAGAAACUUAUAUUUUUGUAAUAAUAAUUAAAAGCAUUUUUAGUUCGUAGACGUUGUACAGAUGUCACUUUUAACUAAUGUUACAUCAUUUUACCUGUAAUUUAUGUGUAGUAAAAAAUAAUAAACAUUUUAUUGUAUA